AUGCAUCACGACUUGCUGAUCAAGACUUUGAAGCUUUCCGAGAUUCUUUCUGAGAAGCCUGCCAAGUACGAACCACCUGUUGUUCGACCAGUCAGCUCGGCUGAGAUCCGCAAACAAGAAAACGCAUCUGUCGCCGCUUGGAGCAGAAUGAACCAGUGGUUUAAGGCCAGUGGGAGCUCUUUUACCGAAGUUUGCCGAGCUCUACAGNGGGAGAAGGCGUGCCUGAAGGAGUUGCGGGACUACCAGCUUUGCGGAUAUGCUACGGCGAGCUUCUUAAGGUUGCUUGAGGAGAUCUUGAACCCAUUCCUCCGGACAUGCUAUUCAGACCUCGUGAGUCCUGAGAAGCUCCAGCGCUUGCACAAAGCAUACGGCGAAUUGACUGUCCACUUGCUUCACAAUUUGGACGCACCAAUGCCUUUCCAAAGUCCUCUCGAAAAGUAUCGAGUCCCAUGGUCGCAGAAAGUAGUCCGUGUUCAGGAUCUGUUCGACUGCAGCCAGGAGACGGAGGAAUUUUUCAAUACCAACACCAGUAUCGAGCAAAGUUUCGGUCAGCUGCCUGGAUCCACACCUGUCGAUACCAAGGACAUCCAAGUCAUGCAUAGCGCAUAUGAUUAUCUUAUAGUCAGCCUUUUUGACAAGCUGAAUGCGCCAGUGCCAUUCAAAAAUGAUGGUCCUGCUUCAACUUCAGCCCCAGCUCCCGCUCCAGCUCCAGAAGUCCCCAGACCAGUCAUUCCCGAAGUCCAACAAGAGUACAUUCAUGUCGACAAGACCAUUGAGGCCGUUGUCAAUAGCAUGGAUCCCAAACCAACCGAGAAGGAUAUCAUGAAGCUCGUGUUUCACUGGACAAACUUGGAGGUGUGCAAUGGCUUCCAGAGCGACUUCAAGCGUGCAGAGGUGAUGAAGCUCAACUAG